GCCCCCUUCUCCCGCUUCGCCCCCCGUGCCUGGCGCCGGAGAGAAAAAGCAGGCAGGCAGCAGUGUGAGAGCUCACGUACAGUGCUGAGCUGCCAUUCUGCAAGCUGAGAGCAAUGAGUCUUUCAUGACAUGGGACUCUGCUCGCUUCGUGCUCAAAACCUGCUCACCAACGUCGUUCAGCGGCCGCUCCAGCUCUAUCUCCACCACCGCAGCGGUCCCGGAGUCUUUCGAAGCCGGAUCCCUCCCCAAGCCUGCAGCAGGCGCCAUUUUACGGCGGCAGCAGCCGCCGCUCAGCAGGAAGGGGUGGUGAGGGCGGCCCUGCCCCUCCCCUAGGGAGCAGGAGGUGAUGGCGGCCGUGCCGGAGCUGCGAGAGGCUCUGGCGGAGCGACUGAGGGACUUGGGCAUCGCCACGGUCACCGCCGAGCACCCCCAGGUGUUCACUGUUGAAGAAAUGAUGCCCCAUGUCCAACACCUGAGAGGAGGUCACAGUAAAAACCUUUUUCUGAAAGACAAGAAGAAGAAAGGGUUCUGGCUUGUGACUGUUCUGCACAACAGGCAAAUCAAUUUAAAUGAUCUUGCUAAAAAACUGGGUCUUGGAAGUGGAAACCUAAGAUUUGCCGAUGAAAAUGCUAUGCUAGAAAAACUCAAAGUGGGCCAGGGCUGUGCGACACCACUAGCCCUCUUCUGUGACCAGGGAGAUGUGACAUUGGUGCUGGAUGCUAACCUUCUGGAAGGUGGCCAUGAGAAGGUGUAUUUUCAUCCAAUGACAAAUUCUGCAACUAUGGGCUUAAGCCCUGAUGACUUUUUGAAGUUUGUGAGGUCAACAGACCAUGAUCCCAUCAUCAUACAUUUUGAUGAAGACAUGAAGUAGAUGAAGUUCACUUUUUUAUUACUAAGCAUGGAUUUUGUAAAGCAAAAAUGAUGAAAGUCUCAUUACAAGUAAAAUUAAAAAAAA